AUGUUUUCUAAACAGGUAGCAGUACUAAAAGGUCAAGGUUAUAAUAUUGUGGAAAUACUUAAACAACCUGAUAAAAGUCCUUUGGAUCUUUGCGCAUCUCAGAAUCUAAUGGUAUGGGAUAUGAUCGAGUCUAUUGAAGUUCCAGAAGAACCUGAUAAUAUGGAAGGUGACAAUGACAACCACCAGUCAGAUAAUAUCAAGAUUGACAAUGGUGGUAGAAAUUCAUUACAAAAUGUUGAUUAUGGUGAGGCAUCUGGUAUAGGUGGAUCAGUUGGAACCAAGUAUCCAAAUCUACCUCCAAGAAGGAGUGUUUCGGAAUAUAGUUCUCCACGACCUUCAUUGUCUGUUAGUGCACCAGCUGCUUCAGUACUUUCUGGUGAUUCUGCAAGAAAAAAUACAUGGGUUGACAGAUUUAAUCGUGUAAAAAAUAAAUUUGCUUUUGAUACAAUUGGAAAAAAUAGAGAUACUGAAGAAAAAAGAACAAAACUUGUUGUCAUUGAAAAGAUAGAGCCGCAUCAACAAAUUCAAGAAAUAUCAUCAUUAAACAUAACGCAAAAAAAAUUUGACACAUUAUCAACGACAAAAAUAACAAAAACAACAGUUAAUCCAUUUGGAUUUUAUUUAUCAUCUUCUUUUUUGAGGUCUUAUUCUGAUGCAGCAGCACUGACCCGAGAAAAUAUUGAGGCUAGGAUUCUUGAUAUUUUGAAAGCAUUUGAUAAAGUUGAUCCUUCAAAGGUAACCACUCAGGCACGUUUUGCUGACGAUCUUGGACUUGAUAGUUUGGAUACUGUUGAAGUGGUGAUGAAUAUCGAAGAAGAUUUUUCAAUUGAAAUUCCCGAUAAAGAAGCUGAUGAAAUUAGAUCAGUUAAAGAUGCUGUUGAUUAUAUUUCUAAAAGGGAUGAUGCACAUUAA